AUGAAGGUCUCCACUUCCAGCGCACUGUCGUCACUUGUCCCCGGAUGCCGGAACCCAGAGCGCCCGGCGUCCGCGUUGCCCCCUUUAACGCCCGGCAAGCUGCUCUCUUACCCAAUUUCAUUUCCUCCACAACAGCGAGACUCAUCUUUUCCCUUGCCUCUGAUAAUGCAGUCCAUCCCCGACGCUCCGCUAUCUGGUGCCGAACAAGGUCAGACGGAACUGUUGCCUGGAAACGAAGAAAGCAAGGCCUUGCCCGCCUUGUCCAAGCAACCGACGCAGAGGCUCUCGUGUGAUCAUUGUCGCAAUAGAAAGGUGGGUGGCAUACCGUUCUGGCAAACACUAUUCAUCUUACACGAGGCAAGGUUCGAUGCGAUCGGCAAGAACCAUGUUCAAGAUGCCUUCACUUUCAAAUCCGAUGCGAAUAUACAGCGCAGCCGCGGCUUAGACAAAAGCAACGUCGGUCGUUCGCCUCCAAUGAGUAGUACGCCACUUGAUGUCGUGCGCAAACUUUUGGAGGAUGGUGCUCAACCCAGAAUGUCCGAAGCCUACAGCGCACAUCAUCUGUCCAACCCGAAUUCACCUUCUGCCACGCCUGCCACGAUGUCUAACAGCCAGGAAGGGACUUCGCCGAUCCAUGAAAUCGAGCUAUCGGAAAGUGAGUACGAAGGGGAUUCGGCUUUGUCCGCCCACACAGCUUUUGCUACGAAAUUCCUCGAGAACGUUAGUCAGUACUGUAUCGAACAUCACCGACCAAUGAUGGCAUGGAACCUCAAUUGCACUGCAGCCCGUAUGAGCCAGGCCCUGGGCUUCCAUAAGGCAUGUAUGCAGGACCCUGCAAGAUCGAUAGAAAGACGUAGAAAAGCACGACUUUUCGCUUCUAUUUAUAGGACAGAUAAAAUGUUCUCUCUCCGACUGGGACGAGGCUCGAUGAUACGCGACGAAGAAAUACCCCUGGACUAUAAGGAGAUGCUGAACGGAGUCAAUACAGCCCCUUACAAGUUAGCCCCAUAUUGGAUCGGGUUCGCCCAUAUUCAAGGGCUAGUCUAUGAUAAGCUGUAUAGCCCAAGAGCCUUACAACAGCCUCAGGAGGUCCGAUAUAGUCACGCAAGAAAGAUAUUGGAUGAGCUCGAGAUUCUGUUGGCAGAAAAAUGCGAACUGAAGUCUCAGGAACAAUUCAACAGAUCGCUUUGCACCGUAGUUGGGAAUGAUUUACAAGAAAUACUGGAGCGAGGUGAUCGUGUGUCUCAACUGGCACUCAAAUGUCUGAUAUACCGCGGUGUUUCAUCUUCAGCUAGAGGAGUUCCUUUCCACGAGGAAUGUAUUUCCUUGGCAAGAGAGGCGCUGAUGGAACAUCGCCGGUGCAUAUCAUCUCUCGCGCAACAUGAAAGCAGUAAUGUUGAACUAUAUAUGCAUUGGGCUAUUCUCAGCUCUCCUUUCGUGCCAUUCAUCGUUAUUCUUUGCAAUGUGGUCGAAACACGCAACCUUGCUGAUCUUGAACUUCUAAGAAUAAUGGCUGGAUCUAUCGAGGAGCUAGGUGAAUCUUUGCCGGCAGUCUUAAUGCAGCUGAAGGUUUUUCAACCCCUAUAUGAGGCUGCAAACAAGUUUAUCCGGGCCAAAACAUCGUCGACGCCACAAACGGACGAUUUUGGCUCCUUUUUCCAGGAAACUAACACUGGCGUCUUGCUUGAUCCAACUUUCUUGUCCAGUGCUACACAAAAUGACCAUCAUAAUGGCGCUCGUGAUGCAGGAAAGAAUUAUCUAGAUGCCUCUUUCCUUGAUAUUUGGACACAGCUGGACUCUUAUCAGCUCAAUGUACAUAUGGCUCAGGAAGAACAGUCGAAGGGUCCCUGA